GGCCAAAAGAGCUGCACCUCUGGAGGCGACUCAUUUACCAAGUGUUGGAGUAAUAUUGUAGAUAAAAAUGCCUAUUGGAUGCAAAGAGAGGCCAACUUUUUUUGAAAUUUUUCAGACACGAUGCAACAAAGCAGAUUUAGGACCAAUAAGCCUUAAUUGGUUUGAAGAACUUUCUUCAGAAGCUCCACCCUAUAAUUCUGAACCUGCAGAAGAAUCCGAAUGUAAAAUCAGCAGUUAUGAACCAAACCUAUUUAAAACACCGCAAAGGAAACCUUAUCAUCAAUUGGCUUCAACUCCAAUAAUAUUCAAAGAUCGAAGUCUAACUCUGCCACUGUACCAAUCUCCUUUAAAAGAAUUAGAUAAAUACAGAUUAGAUUUAGGAAAGGAUAUUACCAAUAGUAAACCUAAAAGUUGUUGCACAGUGAAGGCUAAAAAGGAUCAAGUAAAUGAUGUUACCAGCCCGUCUCUAAAUUCUUGUCUUAGUGAAAGUCCUGUUCUACGAUGUACACAUGUCACACCACAAAGAGAAAAGUCGGUGGUAUAUGGAAGUUUAUUUCAUACACCGAAGCUUAUGAAGGGUCAGACACCAAAACGUAUUUCUGAAAGUCUAGGAGCUGAGGUGGAUCCUGAUAUGUCUUGGUCAAGUUCUUUAGCCACACCACCAACCCUUAGUUCUACUGUGCUCAUAGUCAGAGAUGAGGAAGCAUCUGCAACUGUAUUUCCUAAUGAUACUACUGCUAUUUUGAAAAGCUAUUUUUCUAAGUAUGAUGAAAGUCUGAAGAAAAAUGAUAGAUGUAUCCCUUCUGGGCCAGACAAUGAAAACAAAAAUCAGAGAGAAGCUAAAAGUCAUGGAUUGGGGAAAAUGUUAGGGAAUUCAUUUGGUAAAGUAAAUAGCUGCAAAGACCAUUUUGGAAAGUCGAUGCCAAAUGUCCUAGAAGAUAAAGUGCAUGAAGCAGUUGUAGAUAUUUCUGAAGAGGAUAGUUUUUCAUUGUGUGUUUCUAAAUAUAAAACAAGAAUUCUACAAAAAAAAAAAACUGGCAAGACUAGGAAAAAUAUUUUCAAUGAAAUAGAAACUGAUGAAUGUGAAAAAGUUAAAAAACAAAUGAAAGAAAAUAAACAUUCAUUUGUAUAUGAAAUGGAACCAAAUGACAGUAAUCCAUUAGAUUCAAGUGUAACAAAUCAGAAGCCCUUUGGGAAUGGAAGUGACAAAAUCUCCAAGGAAGUUGUACUAUCUUCAGCCUCUGAGUGGUCUCAGCCAGCCCUCUCAGGUCUAAAUGGCACCCAGAUGGAGAAAAUACCCCUACUGCAUAUUUCUUCUUGUGACCAAAAUAAUUCAGAAAAAGGCCUCAUAGGCACAGAGAAAGAAUGUACCAACUUUAUUACUCUAGAAAAUUCUUUGCCACGUAUUUCAAAUAUACCAAAAACAGAGAAGAUAUUAAAUGAGGAAACAAUGGUAAAUAAGAGAGAUGAAGAGCACUGUCUUGAAUCUCUUGAGGAUUCCAUUCUUGUGAUAAAGCAAGCAAUACCUGAAACUUCUCUAAUAGCUUCUCCACUUCAAGGUAUCAAAAAGUCUAUAUUCAGGAUAAGAGAAACACCUGAAGAGAUGUUCAGUGCAGUUUUCUCAAAUAAUAUGACUGAUCCAACCUUUAAAGAAAAACCUGAAGCCUCUGAAAGUGGAUUGGAAAUGAAUACUAUUUGCUCACAGAAAGAAGACUCUUUAUGCACAAGUUCAGUUGAUAAUAGAAGCUGGCCAGCCUCUGUGAAACGUACUUCUGUAGCUUUGAAGAAUGCAGGUUUAAUAUCCACUUUGAAAAAAAAAACAAAGAAGUUUAUUUAUGCUAUAAAUGAUGAAAUAUCUUACCAAGGACUAAAAAUGCAGACAGACCAAGAAUCAGGACCAACUAACUAUUCAGCCCAAUUUGAAGCAAACGCUUUUGAAACACCACUUACAUUUACAGAUGCUCAUUCAGGUUUACUGCAUUCUUCUGUCAAAAAAAACUGUUUACAGAAUGAUUCUGAAGAACCAACUUUGUCUUUAACCAGCUCUUCUGGGACAGUUCUGAGAAAAUGUUCCAAUAAGGAAAACAUUUCUUCCAGUAAUAAAAUAAUAUCUCAGGAUCUUGAUUAUAAAGAAACAAAAAUUAAUAAAGAAAAACUGCAGUCACUUAUAACCUCAGAAACUGAUUAUCUGUCAUGCUUGCAAGAAAAACAUUGUGAAGAUGAUUCAAAAAGCCAGAGAGUUUCAGAUAUAAAAGAAAAGGUCUUGCCUGCAGUCUGUCACCCUGCAAUGCCACAUUCAGAAGUGGAAUAUAGUGGUAUUCACUUUCAAUCCCGGGAAAGCCUUUUAUAUGACCAUGAUAAUACUAGCAUUUUACCUCCUAGCUCCAAGGAUCCUCCGUCAAACCCAGUUGUGAUUUCUAGAGGAAAAGUAUCAUAUAAAAUGUCAGAGAAACUAAAAUGUAAGAAUUGUGAAAUUGGUUUUGAAUUCACCAAAAAUAUUCCCUUGGAAAGGAAUCAAGAAAUAUGUGUUUUAAAUGAGAAUUCUAAAAAAGCUGAGCUGUUGUCACCUGAAAAAUACAUAACAGUAGCAUCACCUUCUGUGAAGGUACAAUUCAACCAAAAUACAAAAGUUACAAUAAUAAAAAAAAACCAAGAACAAACUACUUUAAUUUCAGAAAUAACUGUCAAUCCAAAUUCUGAAGAACUUUUCCCAGACAAUGAGAAUAAUUUUGUUUUUCAAAUACCUAAAGAAGGGAAUAUUCCUGUUUUAGAAAAUAUCAAGGAACUUCAUGAGGCAGACCUCAGUUGUGUAAGAGAACCUAUUCUCAAGAACUCUGCCAUGGUAGUAUAUACAAACAUAGAUGACAAACAGGCAGCCGAAGUAUCAAUCACAAAAGAUUUGGCUUCAUUAAAUACAGUCCAUGAUCUAACAGAGACAAACAGAAAUAGUAUAAAGCAGCAACUAAAAAUGACUCUAGGUCAAGAUUCAAAGUCAGACAUCUUAGAUAUAGAUAUGAAAUCAAACAGAAAUAAUGAUUACAUAGACAAAUGGGCAGGACUCUCAGAUCCAAUUUCAAAUCACAGUUUUGGACAUGGCUUCAGAACAGCUUCUAAUAAAGAGAUAAAACUCUCUGAACACAACAUUAAGAAAAGUAAAAUGCUCUUUAAAGAUAUUGAAGAAUAUUAUUCUACUAGCUUAGCUUGUGUUGAAAUUAAGAAACUAAGCAAACCUCAUGCACUUGGUUCACAGUCAAUUGACAUUGUAUCUGGAUAUGAGCAGAAUAGUACAUUUGUUUCUGAUAGUGAAAAUAGUCACACAACUCCGAUUUUAUAUUUAAAGCGAGAUUUUAAUUCAAACCAUAAUUUAACACCAAGCCAAAAGGCAGAAAUUACAGAACUUUCUACUAUGUUGGAAGAAUCAGGAAGUCAGUUUGAAUUUACACAGUUCAGAAAACCAAGCCACGUAAUAGGGAAUAAUCCAUUUGAAAUGCCUGAUAACCAGAUGACUGUCUUGAAUACCAUGUCUGAGGAAUGGAAAGAUGUUGAUCAUCCCAUAAUUAAUACCCCAUCUAUUAGUCGAGUAGAUAGCAGCAAGAAACUUGAAGAUAUAGUUAGAGGUAAGCAAAAGUUUGCUUGCUUGUUGAAAACCAACUAUAAGAAAAGUGCUUCUCGUUAUUUAACAGAUAAAAAUGAAGUGGAGUUUAGAGGCUUUUAUUCUGCUCGUGGCACAAAACUGAAUGUUUCUAGUGAAGCACUGCAAAAAGCUAUGAAACUGUUCAGUGACAUUGAGAAUAUUAGUGAGGAAACUGCAGAAGUUGAUCCAAGAAGUUUCUCUUUAAGUAAAUGUAAUGACUCUGUUGUUUCAAUGUUUAAGAUAGAAAAUUAUAACAAUGAUAAAAAUGUAAAUGAGAAAAAUAAUAAAUGCCAACCAACGCUACAAAAUAAUAUUGAAAGGAGCACUGGUGUUUUUGUUGAAGAAAAUACUGAAGAUUACAAAAGAAAUCCAGAAAAUGAAGAUAACAAAUGUACUGAUACCAGUAGAAAUAUUUGUAACUUAGGAGAAUCUGAUGGCGAUGAGUCAAGUAGAAAUGAUACAGUUUAUAUUCAUAAAGAUGAAAAUGGCUUGCCAUGUAUUGAUCAGCAUGACAUACAUCUAAAAUUAUCUAGCCAGUUUAUGAAGGAGGGAAGCACUAAAAUUAAAGAAGGUUUGUCAGAUUUAACUUGUUUGGAAGCUGUGAAAGCUGAAGAAACAUUUCAUGUUAAUAUGUCAAAAAAAGAACAGUUACCUGCUAAUAACAUAGGGCAAAAUAUAAAAGAUUUUGAUGUUUUUGAUUUAUCCUUUCAGACUGCAAGUGGGAAAAAUAUCACAGUCUCCAAAGAGUCAUUAAAUAAAGUUGUAAAUUUGUUUGAUCAAAAAUGUACAGAAGAAUUGAAUAACUUUUCAGACUCCUUGAAUUCUGAAUUACCUUCUGGUGUAAAUAUCAACAAAAUAGACAUUUCAAGUCAUGAAGAAACAGAUAAGGUUAAAGACAAAAUAUUGAAAGAAAGUGACCCAGUUGGUCUUGAAAAUCAAUUACUGACUCUCCAGCAAAGACCAGUAUGUGAAGUCAAAAAGAUAAAAGAACUUACUAUGUUGGAUUUUCAUACAGCCAGUGGGAAAAAAGUAAAAAUUGUAAAGGAAUCUUUGGACAAAGUGAAAAAUCUUUUUGAUGAACAAAAACAAGAUGAUAAUAAUGAAAUCACUAAUUUUAGCCAUCGAGGGGCAAAGCUGCUAAAGGACAGAGAAGAAUGUAAAGAAGGGCUUGAAUUAGCAUGUGAGACAGUUGAAAUAGCAACUGCCCCAAAGUAUGAAGAAAUGCAGAAUUCUCUAGAGGAGGAAAAACUUGUUUCUAACGAGAUUGCCUUGCCACUCAGGCUAAGUGAUGAUUUAUACAGACAAACUGAAAAUCUCAAAAUAUCACAUAGUAUCUCUCUGGAAGUUAAAGUACAUGAAAAUAUAGAUAAAGAAACAGCAAAACGUCCUGCAACUUGUUAUACAGAUAAAUCCAUUUGUUCAGCCAUUGAAAAUUCGGCUAUAGCAUUUUACACAGGACAUGGUAGAAAAAUUUCUGUUAGUCAGGCUUCACUAUUUGAAGCAAAAAAAUGGCUUAGAGAAGAAGAAUUGGAUGAUCAAUCAGAAAAAAUAAAUGCUGCCAAGGAAGAACAUCCUCAGGAUUAUGUAGGCAAUCCUUCAUGUAGAAGUAGUUCAAACAGUAUCAUAACUGAAAACUGCAAAAAUCAUCUCUCUGAAAAAGAAGAAGAAGCUUAUUUAAGUAACAGAAGCAUGUCUAACAGCUGUUCAUACCAUUCUGAUUUUUGUCACUCUAAUGAGAUAUGUAAUAAAGCAGAAUAUCUCUCAAAAAAUAAAAUCGAUAAUUCUGAUAUUGAGCCAGUAGUGAAGAAUGUCAAAGACACAAAAAACACUAGUUUUUCUGAAGUAAUAUCCACUAUAAGAGAAGCAAACUCAUAUCCACAAACUGUAAAUGAAGAUAUUUGUGUUCAGAAACUUGUGCCUAACUCUUCACCAGGCAAAAAUAAAAAUACAGCCAUUAAAGUGGCCAUAUCCGAUUCAAAUAAUUUCAAGAUAGGGCCACCUGCGUUCAGUACACCAAGUGGUAAAAUAGUCUUUGCUUCACAUGAAACGAAAGUGAGAGAGCGAUUUACAGACAACUGCAGUAAGGUAAUUAAGCAAAACACUGAGAGUGAAUCGGGCAUUUGCCAAACGAAAAUUGUGGCAAGUUAUCGUAAGGCAUUGGAUGAUUCAGAGGACAUUGUUUUUUCUAACUCUCCAGAUAGUGAAGAACAUAGUAUGCAUUCACAUAAAGUUUUUGCUGACGUCCAAAGUGAACAAAUUUUACAACAUAACCAAAGUGUAUCUGGAUUGAAGAAAGUUUCUGAAAUAUCACCGUGUCAGAUUAAUUUGGAAACUUCUGGUAUAUGUAAAUUUAAUAUGAGGAAGCUUCCCAAGUCCAUCCCUUCUACGAAUGCUUGUGGGAUUUUUAGCACUGCAAGUGGGAAAUCUGUACAAGUAUCAGAUGCUGCAUUACAAAAGGCAAGACAGAUAUUUUCUAAGAUAGAAGAUAGUGACAAUCAAUUCUUUUCCAAAGUAUCAUUUAAAAAUAAAGAACAUUCAGACAAGUUCACAAGAGAAGAAAGUACUAUGAUAUGUACCUCCCAAAAUUUACUGUCAUCUGCUUUCUCUGGAUUUAGUACAGCAAGUGGAAAACAGGUUACAGUUUCUGAAAGUGCCUUAUGCAAAGCUAAGGAAAUGUUAGAGGAAACUGAUACAAUCAGAACUGAAUGUAAUCUUCAGCGUUCACCUACAUCUAAACAAGAUGUAUCAAAAAUACUUCCUCUCUCUUGUAUUGCUAAGAGAACCCCAGAACACACUGUGAACUCCAAAAUGGAAAAAGCCUACAGUAAAGAAUUUAAAUUAUCAAGUAACUAUAACAUUGUUGAAAGUGGUUCUUCAGAAAAGAAUCACUCCAUUCAAGUUUCUCCAUGUCUCCCUCAGUUUAAGCAAGACAAACAGUUGGUAUUAGGAACCAAAGCAUCACUUGUUGAGAACAUUAAUCUUUUGGGAAAAGAACAAGCUUUACCUAAAAAUAUAAAAAUGGAAAUUGGGAAAACUGGAACUUUCCCUAAUCUUCCUGUGAAAACAAAUACAGAAAUUUGUUCUACUUAUUCCAAACAUCCAGAAAGCUGUUUUGAAACAGAAGCAGUAGAAAUUGCCAAAGCUUUUAUGGAAGAUGGUGAGCUGACAGAUUCUGAACUGCUAAGUCAUACCAAAUACUCUCUUUUUACAUGCCAGAACAAUGAGGAAAUGGUUUUGUUAAAUUCAAGAAUUGGAAAAAGAAGAGGAGAUGCACUUGUCUCAGUUGGAGAACCUCCAAUUAAAAGAAACUUAUUAAAUGAAUUUGACAGGAUAAUGGAAAACCAAGAAAAAUCCUUAAAGGCUUCAAAAAGCACUCCAGAUGGCACAAUAAAAGAUAGAAGGUUGUUUAUGCAUCACAUUUCUUUGGAGCCAAUAACCUGUGGACCCUUUUGCACAACUAAGGAACGGCAAGAAAUACAGAAUCCAAAUUUUACUGCACCUGGUCCAGAAUUUUUAUCUAAAUCUCAUUUUUGGGAAUACCUGACUUUGGAAAAAUCUUCAAGCGACUUAUCAGUUACAGGGCAGCCAUUUUAUAAGGUUCCUACUGCAAGAAAUGAAAAAAGGAGACACUCGAUUACUACAGGCAAACCGAGGAAAGUCUUUGUCCCACCUUUCAAAACUAAAUCACAUCUUCACAGAGAUGAACAGUCUGUGAGCGGGAAUACUCAUUUGGAGGAAAACAAAGACAAACAAAAAACCGUAGAUGAACAUGGCUCUGGUGAUAGCGAAAAUAAUAUUAACGACAGUGAAAUUCAUCAGUUGAACAAAAGUAGCUCCAAUCAAGCAGCAACUAUAAUUUUCACAAAAUGUGAAGAAGAACCUUUAGAUUUCAUUACAAAGCUUCAGAAUGCCAGAGAUAUACAGGAUAUGCGAAUUAAAAAGAAACAAAGGCAACGUAUUUUUCCACAGCCAGGCAGUCUGUAUCUUGCAAAAACAUCCAGUAUGCCUAGAAUCUCUCUGAAAGUAGCAGUAGGAGGCCGAGUUCCCUCUGCCUGUUCCCAUAAAGAGCUGUAUAUGUAUGGCGUUUCUAAACAUUGUGUAAAAAUUAACAGCAAAAAUGCAGAGUCUUUUCAAUUUCACACUCAGGAUUAUUUUGGUAAGGAAAGUUUGUGGGCUGGAAGGGGAGUACAGUUGGCUGAUGGUGGAUGGCUCGUACCCUCCGAUGAUGGAAAGGCUGGAAAAGAAGAAUUUUAUAGGGCUCUGUGUGACACCCCAGGUGUGGAUCCAAAGCUUAUUUCUAGAGUUUGGGUCUAUAAUCACUAUAGAUGGAUUAUAUGGAAACUGGCAGCUAUGGAAUUUGCCUUUCCUAAGGAAUUUGCUAAUAGAUGCCUAAGCCCAGAAAGAGUGCUUCUUCAACUAAAAUACAGAUAUGAUAUGGAAAUUGAUAGAAGCAGAAGAUCAGCUAUAAAAAAGAUAAUGGAAAGGGAUGACACAGCUGCAAAAACACUUGUUCUGUGUGUUUCUGAAAUAAUUUCAUUGAGCACAGAUAUAUCUGAAACUUCUAGCAGUAAAACUAGAAGUGUGGAUACAAAAAAAGCACCCAUUAUUGAACUUACAGAUGGAUGGUAUGCUAUUAAGGCCCAGUUAGAUGCUCCCCUCUUAGCUCUCUUGAACAGUGGGAGACUUACUGUGGGUCAGAAGAUCAUUAUUCACGGAGCAGAACUGGUGGGCUCUCCUGAUGCCUGUACACCUUUUGAAGCCCCAGAAUCUCUUAUGUUAAAGAUUUCUGCCAACAGUACUCGGCCUGCUUGCUGGUAUGCCAAACUUGGAUUCUGUCCCAAUCCUAGACCUUUCUCUCUCCCCUUGUCAUCACUUUUCAGUGAUGGAGGAAAUGUUGGUUGUGUUGAUGUAAUUAUUCAAAGAGCAUACCCUAUACAGUGGAUGGAGAAGACAUCAUCUGGGUUAUACAUAUUUCGCAAUGAAAGAGAAGAAGAAAAGGAAGCAACAAAAUAUGCGGAGGCCCAACAAAAGAAGCUAGAAGCCUUAUUCACAAAAAUUCAAGCAGAAUUUGAAGAGCAUGAAGAAAAUAUAGCAAAACGAUGUAUACCAUCACACGCACUAACAAGACAGCAAGUCCGUGCUCUGCAGGAUGGUGCAGAGCUUUAUGAAGCAGUGAAGAAUGCACCAGACCCAAGUUACCUUGAGGGUUGUUUUAGUGAAGAGCAAUUAAGAGCCUUGAAUAAUCACAGGCAGAUGUUGAAUGAUAAGAAGCAGGCACAGAUCCAGUUGGAAUUUAGGAAGGCUAUCGAAUCUGCUGAGCAAGGGGAACAGAUUUUAUCAAGAGAUGUUACAACUGUGUGGAAGUUGCGUAUCAUAAGCUGUGAGAAAAAAGAAAAAGAUUCAGUUUUAUUGAGUAUCUGGCGUCCAUCAUCAGAUUUAUAUUCCCUGUUAACAGAGGGAAAGAGAUACAGAAUCUAUCAUCUUGCAACAUCAAAAUCUAAAAGUAAAUCUGAAAAAGCUAACAUACAGUUAACAGCAACGAAAAAAACUCAGUAUCAGCAACUACCGGCUUCAGAUGAAAUCCUAUUCCAAGUUUAUCAGCCAAGGGAGCCCCUUCACUUCAACAAAUUAUUGAAUCCAGACUUCCAGCCACCUUGUUCUGAGGUGGACCUAAUAGGAUUUGUAGUUUCUGUUGUGAAAAAAUUAGGUCUUGCUCCUUUGGUCUAUUUGUCCGAUGAAUGCCAUAAUUUAUUGGCAAUAAAGUUUUGGGUAGAUCUUAAUGAAGACAUUAUUAAACCUCACAUGUUAAUUGCUGCGAGCAACCUUCAGUGGCGACCAGAAUCCAAAUCAGGAAUUCCUACUUUAUUUGCUGGAGAUUUUUCCAUGUUUUCUGCCAAUCCAAAGGAGGGCCAUUUUCAAGAUACAUUCCACAAAAUGAAAAGUACUAUUGAGAAUAUUGAUAUAUUUUGCAAUGACGCAGAAAACAAGCUUAUGCAUAUACUUAAUGCAGAUGAUCCCAAGUGGUCCUCCCCAACUAAAGGCUGUAUUUCAGAGCCACACACUGCUGAAACAGUCCUUGGUACAGGAAACAAGUUUCUGAUGUCUUCUCCCAACAGUGAGAUGAAUUAUCAAAGUCCAUUAUCACUUUGUAAGCCAAAAGGGAAGUCUGUUUCCACACCUGUAUCAGCCCCAGUGACUUCCAAGUCUUGUAAAGGGGAGAAAGAGAUUGAUGACCCAAAGAACUGCAAAAAGAGAAAAGCUUUGGAUUUCUUGAGUAGACUGCCUUUACCUCCACCUGUUAGUCCCAUUUGUACAUUUGUUUCUCCAGCUGCACAGAAGGCGUUUCAGCCGCCACGGAGUUGUGGCACCAAAUAUGAAACACCUAUGAAAAAAAAAGAAUUGAAUUCUCCUCAGAUGACUCCACUUAAAAAAUUUAAUGACAUUCCUCUUUUGGAAAGUGAUUCAAUAGCUGAUGAAGAACUUGCAUUGAUAAAUACCCAAGCCCUUUUGUCUGGUUCAGCAGGAGAAAAUCAACUUAUGUCUAUCAGUGAGUCCACUAGGACUGCUCCCACCCGUUCAAAAGAUUGUCUUGGACUGAAAAGGCAUUAUUCUACAUCUGUGGUCGAAGAACAAGAGCAUUCCCAAGUCAGUACCAAAGAAUGUGAGACUAACAUGCAGGACACAAGUACAAUAAAAAAUAUAACUAAGAGACUGCAAAGGCGACAAAAACCAAAAUGACAGUAAAUUAGUUAUUGACUCUUAACCUUUCCACUUUGUGUAACAUACACAGUUUCAAACUACACAUCAGUAUUUGCAUAAUGAGAAAAGAAAUGAAAUAGUUCCAAGUUCACCUAAGUGCCUGUAUAUCACAGGAAUGCUCUUUGCCUGCUUCUCUAUUGAUACACUUUUAUUUCAGUUACAUAUCUUAAAACUGACUGUAUAUUUAUUAACUAAUCAAGAAAAAAAAUCU